AUGAGUACUUUUUUCAGAAAGACUUUACCGCUGUUCUUUCUUUACUUCGUCUCUUCUUCCUCACUGCUCGUUUUGAACAAGGUGGCCAUCAAGGCUAUUCCAAACGCUUCUUUGCUACUAUUUACUCAGCUCGGCAGUACGGUCGUGAUCGUCGCGGCACCUGCCCUCGUUGGAAAGGCUCGCAUCAAUUUCAAACCGGAGGGAAGAGUCGCACGAGCCUACAGCACGGUCGCCGUGGUGUUUUUAGCGACCAUCUAUAGUAACUUUCAAGUGAUUCACUCGAUCGGGGUCAACCCGUUCAUUGUGCUGCGGUGCUCGACGCCGUUGAUGGUGUCCGUUCUCGACUGGGCAUUCAUGGAUCGCACUCUACCAGACUGGAAAUCGGCGCUCGCUUUGAGCGGUAUUCUUUCUUCCGGCUUGAUGUACGCGAGGUUGAAAGUUGCCGAUCCCGGCUUUGGCGUAAAGGGAAACGUGAAUAAUGGAUUGUGGUGGUCCGCGAUCUGGUUGGUAUCCUUUCUGCUGGACAUGGUGUACAUCAAAUACGUAGUCGAGGCGUAUCCGUGUUCUGGUGCAGAGCGAACUCUUUAUCAAAACUUUCUCGCCUUGCCGAUUUUGGCUGUACUUUUGAACGUCGGCGUUGAAAAACAUAGCGCGUUUGAAGCGGUGAACGCACCCCAAAGCGCAUGGUUAGCCGUAUUGAUGACGUGCUUCGCAGGUACGGCGCUGAGCUUUACUGGUAUGUCGCUGAGAACGGAGUUGAGCGCAACUUUGUUUACAGUCCUUGGCAUAGUGUGUAAGAUGAUGUCAAGUUUGCUGAAUGAAAUAUUUGUGGAGCCGGAGCGAGAUCUAGCGCGUCUUUCGUGCAUCGCCGCCGUGAUCAUAAGCAGCUCGUUCUACAAACAGGCGCCUUUGAGGUAG